AUGUUACUCCCUUUCAUAUUAUUUCUAAUAGCUUCGAGCCAUUCUGUCACCGGUCAAGUAGAGGGGGACAGAUUCCCCCAAAACUUUGGCUAUGUAGAGGUUCGACAAGGAGCUCACAUGUUCUGGUGGCUGUACUUCACUCUUGCUAAUGUGGAACACUACACAGAAAGGCCUCUGAUUGUUUGGUUGCAAGGAGGCCCUGGGGGAUCCUCCACAGCAGUAGGCAACUUUCAAAUUUUAGGACCAUUGGACGAAGACUUCAAUGAAAGGAAUUAUACAUGGGUUAAAGACUUCAAUGUACUGUUCGUUGACAACCCCGUCGGUACAGGCUUCAGUUACGUUGAGGAUUUAAAUUUGUUAACCACUACUAACGACGAAAUUGCUCUAGAUUUCUUGAACUUGAUGCGUGGAUUUUACGAGGUCCAUCCCGAAUUUGAGGGAGUGCCUCUCUACAUCUAUGGACAAUCGUAUGGAGGAAAAAUGGCUAUCGAUAUGGGGAUUCGUAUUCAUGAGGCAGAGCAAAAUGGUACCAUCGGAUCAAACCUCCGGGGCGUGGCAAUGGGUAAUGCUUGGAUAUCACCUGUAGAUGCCACCCUGACCUGGGGCCCGUUGCUCCUCGCCGCCGGGCUAGUCGACCAGACCGGCUACGACAAUAUCCAAGCCGCAGCUAGAGAAGCUGAAAGGCUCUUUAACGAAGGCCAGUACUGGAAUUCGACAGCACAAUGGCGUCAAACACAGCAGGCAGUGUUCAAUGCAACAUACAAUGUCGAUUUUUAUGAUAUAUUAACUAAAAUGCCUUGGCCCCGACCCACGACGAUGGAUUUGGAUUCAUAUGAAUUUAUUAGAGACAUGAUGAUCCGCGAUGGAUCAUACAUGACGAGCAGAAAUCUAGCGUCGUUUAUGAACGAUGUAAUAAGGCCAAAGUUGAAUAUCUCUAAUCAUGUGGUAUGGGGACAGCAAAGUGGAGCAGUUUUCAACACCUUGAACGUCGACUUCAUGAAACCUGUUACUGAAGGGAUUGAGAAGCUUCUCAACGAAACGAACAUUAUUCUGACUAAAUACAACGGGAAUUUGGAUCUCAUUUGUAGCACACCAGGUCAAAUCCUGUGGGUAGAUCGGCUUAAAUGGCAUGGUGCAGAGAACUACAAGAACGCUGAAAGGAAACCCAUCUGGGAAAAUGAUCGCCUGGAAGGAUAUUAUCAAGCCUACGAAAAUUUUAGAUUUUUUUGGAUCAAUGUGGCCGGACACAGUGUACCCCGGGACAAUCCAGCUGGCACAAGAGCAUUCCUCCGGGAUAUGACUACAUUCGGAUAA